CCAUGGACAGCGUCCACCCCUCCACCUUGCACCGCGGCCUCCCUUUUAAUCACGAAACCGAGCCCUUCUCCACCAUUCCCUGCCUCACCCCCACUCCUCUCACCUCUCUGCACGUCUCAGAGAAGCCCAAGACGGAGCCCUGCCUCAUCUCCAUCUCGGCCACGCUCAAGUCCGAGCCGCGCUCGCCGUCUGCAUGUCGCCGAGCACAUCGCUGCCAGCACCUCUCCGCCCUUCCUCUCUACUCUAUUUUUUCUUCAUGUUGUUCUCUAACUCGCUGGGUACCUCAUCGUCGCCUCUUUUUCUGCCAGGAGUUCACUAGGAUCGUCGUCGUCGAGCUGUCGCCGGCGGUACGUACCUGUCCCGGCACCGUCGCGAUGCGAAGUCCGCCCUCGACCCUAUCGUCGUCCAGGCGCUCAUCUUCCAGUCCUAGUCGACCCACGGCCGAGCCCGUCCUCCACGCACCAUCGCCCGAGCUGAUGCGGAAAGCCCCGCGGCAUCCUGCUGAUAGGUGCGUCGCCCACCGUCCCCGACUCGGACGUCGCGCUCGUCCUCGUCUGCAGCGACGACCUGGAGCUCCGCCAGCUCGAGCAUGCAGCAGCUCACCGAGUCAGACCUCUGUCCGUAAGGUCGCGCUGCACGCGUGGCCUGGAGCUUUGCAGGGCAGCGCCUGCGCACCUUCCCGGCCUCGUCCUUCGCCACCGCCGAGCUCGUAUCCUCCGUGCAUGUCGCCGUUCACGGAGUUCCAUCCGCGCCGGCCAGAGAACAUCUCGCUGGCAUGCUGCUCCACAAGCAUGUUCAGAACCUCCGUGCAGGCCUCCUCGAGCCCCAUGCCGUCGCCGUCGCUUCCGCUCUGUCCGCGCUUUCCAUCCUUGACAUGUGGUUUGCCUCCGCCGCACGACGACCGGGAGCCUCGCGCGCGCUCUACGGCACCAUGACGAAUCUCAGCAUCCGUGUCGUCGCCUGGAGGUUGCACCAGGUGGCGGCCGUCAUCGAAGCUAUGUCCGUGCCGCUCUGUCCCGGCGCCGCGCCCGCUGCUGUCGGCGACGACGUCUCCAGCACGUCCGAGACGCUCAGAUGAGCCGGCCUAGUCCACCUCGCCAUCCUCUCAUAGUCCCUGUCGAGCGUCGGCCGUCGCAGAGACGAACGCCGCCGAAAAAGAAGAUCGGAAUCAUCCCAGAGAUUUGAAGAUGAAGUCCAGGGACAAAUAGCCAACCAAGGCAAGCCACCUCUUGAUGCAUCUCUGAUCCUAUAUAUCUUAUUCUUGCAUUAUUACAAGUUUUAUAAAAGUGCAUGUCUUCUAUUUAUUUUGUCGGUGGUUAGUGCCACCCGGAGUUUUAUUAUUCCACCCUUAGGGUGCAGCCCUCGUUGGUACCUACUGAUCACUUCUCUAUUAGUGAUAUGGUGCUUAUCACCUUGUCAUCCUUGUCGCCAUUUUUCGAAGAAGAGUUGGACUAUAGGUGGGAACCCUAGAAAAAAAUGAUUAUGAAAACUGUUUUUCGGAAAAGAAGUUUUCGAAAAUCUUGGAACGGGGUAGCCCUGCCCAAGUGUGACUUUUUAAAAGGAAUAACUUUUUAUGGAAGGAAGAUUUGCUGGAGGCAAGUGGAGAAAAGAAAAUGUUUUCGAAAACUUUAGCGCCUAAGUACUCACCCGGACUGAAAAACAGUGCAACCACAUUACCCCAAAGUGGGCACGGGGCGUAGCGUAGUAGUUUGUCUCGCCUUAGUUUGGGUCCUGCAAAUGUAAGGGGUAGUCCGAGCAUGGACACCUAUCGACCGUGGCCUUCCCGACGAACUUGGAACGCCUUUCCGUCUCGGACAGAUGGCAGGGGUACAACCUAUGAGCUCCCAUUGAAUAAUGCCCCGCAGUUGGUCGCGUCAUUCCGGAGGGUCGAGCUGGUCGGGGAAUUUGCUACUCCUGGGUAAACGACCCCUCGGACUCUGGUGUUGGGAGGUACAACUCUAGGCGGCAUGUCUUAGGCUAAGGCGAGCAGGCGAAAAACUACGAUCGAGUAUUUGUCGUGGCAUAGUUUAUUAUGCAGGGAUGAUGCCCACACGAUGAGUAUCCGGAUCUUGUGGGGAAAGUGUACAACCUCUGCAGAGUGAAAACUAUUCGAAUAGCCGUGUCCGCGGUUAUGGACGGUUGGAAAGGCUGCUGCUUAGCACUAAAGAGUUUUGGUUUACAAAAGUGUUUUUCUCAAAUAUUGUUUUGGGAAAGUGAUGCCAGUGGGACUGGUGGAAAAUGUACCUCGGAGGUACGGUGGAAAGUUGGAAAGGAAAUGGCCAUAUGAGAUGGCUGAAAUUAAGUUGGGUCACCCUUACGUAUUAG